GCCGCGCGGGCACGCCACGCCCCCUGCGCUGCGCCAGUGCGCGCGCUGCGCCGUGUGACCCCAGCGCCCCGCCCCACGCCCUCCUGCACGCCUGCUGCCGCAAUGGCGGACGUGUCCGAAAGGAAGCUGCAGCUGUCCGUGCUGUUGGCCUUCGUCUCCGGAGUGCUCGUGGGUUGGCAGGCGAACCGGCUGCGGAGGCGCUACCUGGACUGGAGGAAGCGGAGACUGCAGGACAAGCUGGCGGUGAUGCAGAAAAAGCUGGACCUGUCCUGAACCCGGGCCGUUGGCCCUUGCCGACCCCAGUGCUGCCACCUCGUCUUCGCCCGCGCGGGGGCUCCUGCCUGAGCCAGUUUUGCCUCACACUCCCCGCCUGCCGAACGAGCCUUGUCCCGGAGUGGCGCUUGUCGAAGAUGGAUGUAGAGCAUGGACAGAAAUCAUUUCUCCUAGCACUUUCUGAAUCAAUUUUAUUUUUAAAAUAAAAAUAUUUUAAAUCUU